AGAUGAGACAUUCCAAGGGGGUGCCAAGACUGUAGGAGUUUAUAGUAAAGAAGAAAUACAAAAAUAUAUUGACAGUUUGUUGGCUGGGGCACCACAAGAUAAUUAUGCUUCUGGGAGUGAAAUUAUAAAUCAGGGUUUAGAACAGAUUGAUGUAGAGAAUAAAUCUAUUCUUAUAAUUGGUACACAGAAGCCAUGGAUCGAAGCAAUCGUCCUCUCCAAGGAUCCAGCACUUGUAAUGACUCUAGAGUAUGGGAUGUUUAAAAGUGAAUUUCCAAAACUAGAAUUUGUAACUCCAGCAGUUUUUAGGGAAAGAUAUAAAAAGCAGGAACUUCCUCUUUUUGACGUAAUAAUUUCCUACUCUUCAUUGGAACACUCAGGACUAGGACGAUAUGGAGAUGCAAUAAACCCCUGGGGGGAUAUAUUAACCAUAGCUAGAGUCAGCUGUGUAUCCAGUCCAGAUGCUAAGUUAUUGAUUGGUGUUCCGGUUGCAGGAGUAGACAGGAUAGAGUUUAAUGCCGCCAGAUAUCUGAGCAGAACCCUGAUAUCCAGCAGAACACUUAUUCCCGAGCUGAACCAAGAUAUCCUAGUCGAGGAACUGAUUAUGAAGCACGAGUUACUUUCAAGAAGCAAAUCAGUUCAAAAGAAAGAACCUAAAUUAAAGGUGAAGUAGAUUAAAUGUAUCGA